GGGAUCCAUACGACACCAAAGACGGUUACAAAUCCAUCAGUUUUCUGAACGCGCACCCUAAUACAAUCGCUUUCACCCUUGUGCUGUUUAAGUAUUUCAUGAAGUUUCGGCGCAGAAAGUGCCUGAAAUUUAAAGUUGGUGAUUGUCAUCGAUAAGCAUCGUGAUAACGUCACAUUUCGCGUCCGCGCAACGUCUUGAUUAUAUUUCGCGCCGAAAAUACGUUACGCUAAUAUAAACGCAAACUUGUUGCAGAUUAAUGUCAGGCAUCGCGAUUGCUAGGCUCGCCGAAGAGCGAAAGGCAUGGAGGAAAGAUCAUCCUUUCGGAUUUGUAGCACGACCAAUUAAAAAUCAAGAUGGAACUCUUAACUUGAUGAGUUGGGAAUGUGCAAUACCUGGAAAGAAAUCUACACCAUGGGAGGGUGGUUUGUACAAGUUGCGCAUGAUCUUCAAGGAUGAUUAUCCCUCUAGUCCACCAAAAUGUAAAUUUGAACCUCCUUUGUUUCAUCCAAAUGUCUAUCCUUCUGGAACUGUGUGUUUGUCACUCUUAGAUGAAGAGAAAGACUGGAGGCCUGCUAUUACAAUCAAACAGAUCCUCCUUGGUAUACAGGAUCUGUUAAAUGAACCUAAUGUGAAAGAUCCAGCUCAAGCAGAAGCAUAUACAAUAUACUGUCAAAAUCGCUUGGAGUAUGAAAAACGUGUAAGAGCUCAAGCCAGGGCAAUGGCUCCACAAGAAUAA